UCAAUAAAAUAGUGUCGGCAAAAUUAAAUUGCUGAUAAUAUUUCGCUUAGUAUUAGUAGUAAUAGUAUUACUCAAGUAGUAAACAUCACAGCCGUAAUACAGUAUUUUUAUAUUUAGAUAAAAAAUGCGGCGGUUAAUAACAUUCGUGUGUGUCAUAUUUACCGUUCCAUCCUCAUACUUAGCAUCAACAAGUAUUAGCGGUUCGAUUGAAUUGGACGAAUUUACUUUUGACAAAAUAAUAAAUAAAUUUGAAGCAACUGUAGUAAAAUUUGAUGUCGCCUUUCCAUACGGUGAUAAGCAUGAUGCUUUCGUGGCGCUCGCUAAAGAAUCGAAGGACAUCGAAGAUUUACUAUUCGCUGAAGUAGGAGUUAAGGACUAUGGCGACAAAGAUAAUGAAGCUCUAGCAAAUAAAUAUGGCGCUUCAAAAGAUAAUUUUCCAUUGGUAAAAUUAUUUUUAAAAGGUAAAAGCGAACCGAUUACCUUCGAUGAUAGUAGAGGCUUUACUAGCGACCAGUUGCGACGGUUUAUUCGCGACAAAAGUGAGAUAUACUUAAGCCUACCAGGGUGCAUUAAAGAUCUUGAUUUGCUUGCUAUCAAAUUCAAAAACUCUGACCAAGAUAGUCGUAAAAAUGUCCUCAAAGAAGCUGAGAAUGUUCUAGAAAAACUAGGUAGCAAGGCAACCCCAACUGGGAAAAUCUAUAAAACUAUAAUGGAGAAGAUUCUAGAAAAGGGUGAUGAAUUUAUUAAAACUGAAAUAGCCAGAGUUAAAAAAAUAUUAGAUGAUAAAAUUUCAGAUAAAAAGAGGAAUGAACUUAGCGGCAGAUUGAACAUCCUUCAGUCUUUUACAUUUCCUCAAAAACAAACUAAAAAAGAAGAAUUGUAACUGUCUUGAAUAUUGCCCAUCAGAUAGUCAUCAAUGUACUAUACAUUAGUUUUAACUAUUAAUUAUAAAUUUUCUUUUGUAAAUAUUUUAUUGUAAAUUAUAAGUAUGAAUAUCAUUAUUUUAUUGAGCUCACAAAUAUACUGAAUAUUUUAUUCAGUUCAUGCAUUCCAUUAUUAAGUAAAUAAAAAAUAUUCAGUCUGAUUUGAAUUUGUAUGUAAAUGUGGUCUUUGGGAAUAAAUGAUGCACGCAUUUGUGUUCACGCAAUAAAGGUUUGAAAGCAAA